CCUGUGCUCUUUUGACUUGCAUAGCUGUUGGGUAACUGGAUAGAUUCCAGUUCUGAACUGCUCUCUUUCGAUGAAAUCAGAAACUAAAGCAACACAACGAGUCAGCCAUUCUAUGAAAAUGUGCUUGUUGUUUUGAGCUGGUAUGAAGACAAUGCUGCAUGUUAGAGGAGUAGCCGGGAGAUAGCUUGUAGGAAAUGUGCACAUCUGUACAGAGAUUUACUAAGAAAUACUCAUAUCAAGCGUAGGCCAAUGGAUUCCAGGAUUCCUCACAGCAUCACUGUUGUGCCCAGUGCAGUCAUGGUGCAGCCUCUACUGGAUGGGCGAGUUCCAUACGGGAGGUUACAACACCCUCUUACCAUCCUGCCUAUCGAUCAGAUGAAAACCACACAUCUUGAAAAUGAUUAUAUUGACAACCCAGCCCUUAGCCAGCUGGCCAGUCAGAAACUCAGUCGGGGUCCUCAUGAGCCGAUGCUUGUCAAUCAGCAUUUGCAGAGGUGUGAGGCUGAUAUCACCCACCCUUGGAUAUCAUUCAGCGGGCGUCCCAGCUCUAUCAGCAGCAGCAGUAGCACUUCUUCAGAUCAGAGACUCUUGGAUCACAUGGCUCCACCACCAGUGGUGGAUCAGUCACCACCCAGGGCCGUAAGGAUACAGCCUAAAGUUAUCAGUUGUAAGCCUCAGGAUGUCAAAGGACCUUUGGCCCAAGAACUAGACAAGCACUAUCUACUUUGUGAGGCCUGUGGUAAAUGUAAAUGCAAAGACUGUACCACACCACGGACCUUACCUUCCUGCUGGGUUUGCAACCAGGAAUGUCUGUGCUCAGCACAGAAUCUGGUCAACUACUCAACUUGCAUGUGUCUGGUCAAGGGAGUCUUCUACCACUGCACCAAUGAAGAUGACGAAGGCUCCUGUGCAGAUCACCCAUGUUCUUGCUCUCACUCCAACUGCUGUGCUCGCUGGUCUUUCAUGAGUGCCUUAUCAUUGGUCCUUCCUUGCUUGCUUUGCUAUCUUCCAGCCACUGGGUGUGUUAAACUUUCACAGAAAUGCUAUGACCAGGCAAGUCGACCUGGUUGCCGGUGCAAAAAUACAAACAGUGUCAUGUGCAAAGCACCAGAAGCAGUCAGCAGACCCGAGAAGCCAUUCUGAGACUAUGUGGUUAUUUCAUGAAUUUUGUUACAAAGAUGCAUCAUGCAGGAAAUGAAAAGACUCCAGACAGAAUAUUCUCACCUGAGGCUUUAAAUUCCGAUUUCGUACAUAUGGGGGGUCCAGCAACACAUACCUAGUGUGUAUUGCAGCUGCUGUGAACCAUUUCCAAAUCCUGUGUGCUUACUAGAUAGCCAUAGGAGGUAUCUUGAAGCUACUAGCUACCUGUAUUUUAUCUACAGCUACCAUUAGGAAACAAGAUUUGUGCUUCUCAGUUAGCAUGGGAGAGAGCCAGCUCCAGUUCUUCCUCACAAGCUUCUGUCUUUGUUUUUUAAGCUGAAAGUUUCAGUCUAGGGCUCCUCCACACCUUUGUUGAUGUGAGGGGGGGGGGGGGCCUGCUGAAAUUUUGUUGUGUAACCUUUUUGUGUCUGUGGUUUAUUGUUGUUUUUGUAUUUUUUAUAUACUGUACAUGUAUUAGUUUCCCUACACAAGUAUUUUUAUAUUUUUGGCUAAUGUAGGCAAAUAGGAGAUAAGAGCGCCAAGGGUACUGAUGCAAUCGGCAUGGUGGUGGCAAGAAGGAAUGUACUAUCCUUCGUCCGCUAUGUUGUGUAUGUUCCACCCUGCCUAUUAAUAGCCAGGCUACCCCUCUCUUACACUCCUUACCGUGGAUGGGGAAAACGUUCUCACUUCACUAGAUGAGAAAAUCUUCUCUCGUGAGGGGAGGUUGUACCAGCUCCCCCACCACCGCCAUAUAAAGCAUUCAUAUCUCAAGAAGAAUUCAUUUGGUUAACUCGUGAAAAGUCCCAGCCCUGGGUCAUCAUUCAUGUAAAGCAAAUUCCAUUAUUUCCAGGUUAACCCCUCUCCUUCCACACUUUAGUGCAUUGCAGGACUUCUUUCGUUUAAUAAAGCAGGACAUCUGCACUACUGCUGGGAAUAGAAGAGCACAAUACACAUUUUGUAACCAGAGACAACAAAAGCAUAGUGUUCAGGAAAAAGCAAGUAACAUGGAGGGACAUUUAGCCAUCACACACAAUAACAAAAUAACAGCUUCCGUUUCAUUCAUUAUUAUGGGAAUCGAAAACUUGCAUGUUACCUUUUAUUUGUUUCCUUUGCUGCUGCUCUCUGCCUUGGCCCUAUUGUAAGAUAGCACCCUGUAUAUCUGUGUAAAUAUACAUAGAGAGAUACAAAUAUGUAUAUUUUAGUGUUCUAUAUCUACCAGGGAAAGGUCAGCGGAGCUAUAGGGAAAUUCGCCCGUUUAUUGCUGUGGUAGUACUAUUUUUAUAUUUUCUAUAUAGCUAUCUGUAGGAUUUCUGGUUGCCCGCUCAUACAAGGGUGAAUUGUGGCAUCUCUCUACUGCAACCAGCCAUUCUUUCUGGCAACUUAUUAGGUGCUAGUCUCGCUAAGAUACCAUAUGGUGUCUGUGCUAACGGGGAAACUUCAUUAGCAUAUGGAUGUCUUCAAUUUACAUAGACUUGUUGCAUGUAAAUCUCAUUUUAUGCAACACAACUCCUUUGUGUCAUGUUACAAAACCCAUAAGGGUUAAUGGUACAAGAUGUGACGACCCUUCAUUCAUUUUCCAAGUAGCAGCUUUUUCUACAAGUGACUUAAACCUUUAUCAAAAAUAAUAUAUUUUCUAGCGGUUACUAAACAGGUCACUCUUCAUUUUUUUUUUUCUUGUAUAUGAUUUUUUUUUCUAAACUGCUGCAGAUCUAGCACUUUGUCAUAUUAGACAUAUUUAUUAUUAUUAAUAUUUUUUAUUUAAAUAGCAGGAUGAAAAACUUUUGUAUUAAGAAGGUACUGACACCCUUCCUAUUCUUCUGUUAAGCAUGAAGUUUCCCCUUUAGGACAGUGAACUGCCUUGGUAUUGAGAUCUUUGCUGAAUGUUUGGACAUAUUUCUCUUAGUUUGAUUAUUAUGUAUCAUUACACCUUAAAUACUCUCUAGUUAUUCUGUGCCAAUGACAAACACUGAUAAUUAUAUGAUCUUUGUACACUUGUAGCAAGAUCCUCCUCAUAUGUGGCUAUGGUGGGUGACUAUUAGUACCCAAUACGUAGACAUCCAUGACAUGGUGCAGCCAUUUGGCCAUAAAAAGUGAUAUUUUAAGUGCCAAACUCCAGUAUUUCCCUGUUCACAUGAACAGAAACAUCUUUAUAAGGUGGUAUUUACAUGCAAUCACAGGCUAUUAAAAGAAAUCGUAAGAUUAUGUCACCUCAAGGAAUAGAAAAAACAUAGCUGCUUUUUUUUUCAAAAAACAGCACCACUUUUGCCCUCAGUUUAUGCAUGGUAUUACAGCUCAGUUCCAUUAAAAGGGUACUCCGCCCCUAUACAUCUUAGGGGAUAAGAUGUCUGAUCGCAAGGGUCCCACCACUGGGGACCCCCGUGAUCUCUCUGCUGGACCCGGUGUUCAUUCAGAGCAUCUCGUAAUGCCAUGGCCGCGCCCCACUCGUGACGUCAUGGCCGCGCCCCCUCAAUGCAGGUUUAUGGGAGGGGGCAUGACAUCACGAGCGAGACGUGAAUGUGACAUCACGAGCCUUGGCCCCGCAUCACCAGUCGUCCAGCACGGAGCGCAGUUCACUCCAUGCACCGAUGUCUGGGGUGCCGCAGCCGAGAUCACGGGGGUCCACGGCAGCGGGACCCCCCCGAUCAGACAUCUUAUGCCCUAUCCUUUGGAUAGGGGAUAAGAUGUCUAGGGGCGGAGUACCCCUUUAAAGGGAAUAGAGACAAGUUGUAAUACCACACAAAGCCUGAAGACAGGAGUGGCACUGUUUUUGGAAGAAAGCAGCAUAGUUUAUUUUAUUUUAUUUUUUUCUUCAAUCCCUUACAAAUAAAUAAGCUAGCUAACCUGUAUAAGGAUUAACAAUGAAUCAUGUACACUUCUUAGGUUAUUUGUCAAUUUUGAUUUCUUUUUUAAGGUUUUCAGUGAAAUUUUUUUUUUCGAGAAUUCAGUUUAUAUUUGCAGCACCCCAGAGUUUAUUGCAGCAUAGUAUACUAAGAACAGCCCAGAGUUAAAAUUGCUUCAUUAACCUGUGUUCAGAUGGGGCAGAUAUUUCCUGGGUCAUAUACCAGCUUUUACAUAGCCUUAUUAUUUAUCCGUAUACAUAGUGGCUUAUUGAUUCGGUGUGAAACAUUUUUGUUAUUGAAACAUAUAACAUGAGGUCCUCACGGUGAAUUGUUUAGUUGGUUAAGCUCAAGAAAAUGUCUGCUCCCCAGCAUACAGGUACACUAUGGCCGUACAUGGGUUUGGUUUUAAGCUUAAUUUUAAAGGUUGUAAUUAUGAAUCAAAAUUUUAUUUAUUAUUGUAUUCUAAUAAUUUUGUUGGUGGCUGGCAUAACACUAAAGCAGUUUGGGGGGGGAAAGGCAAUGCCAUUGUCCAUAACCAAUGUGCAAUUUGUUCACAAACACCAGUAUAAAGUGUCUCUGUUCAAGAUGUUUUGUUGAAAGAUUCACUCCAUGGAAGAAAUGUAUACGCUGAAUUGUUUCAUUUGUAUAGAAUAUUUAUUUUGAAGCUCUAUUUUAAUAGUAUUUAUUUUAGAAAAGUCUACUAUUGUAAGAGUUCUUCUGUUUGUGAAGAAAAACACAAGUAAAAAACUGAAUGUACUGAUCUAGAAAUAUAUAAAUAUAUAUAAAUAUAAUUAUAU